CAUUCCUUAAUACUUUCUUUGACCUUGUGCAGUGAAGGCUCAGAAGGUCCAGGCAAGACUGACCAAGUGAAAAUGAAGGAAGAGGCGGCUGGUGAUGAGGAGGCCAACGAGGGCAAGUCUGAGGGAGCAGAAGGAGGCGACGGGGCUGAGAAGGGGGAGGGCAACGAGAGCGACGAAGCCAAGAAAGCCCUGCAGAAGAAGACCAAGGAAGCCAAGCCGCGUGAGGAGAUUCCCAGAGAAGCUCUGAAGUGCCAUAUGUGUGACCUCACUAAAUUUGGUUCUAUCAAGGGCUAUCUGAACCACCUUGAGAGCAAAAAUCACGAAGAGAUGGCAAGAUUAUUCCAUGCCAAGGGUGUUGCUCUCUUGCAACUUCUCAGAGCAGAGUCUAAGUUGGCAUCAUUGCGUAAUACUGUCAAGCUGCGGAAAAUGGGAGUCAAAGGAAGAUUUAUGCAGUGCUUCAGGUGUCAGACUCGCAUCUUUGGCAAUCUGGCCAAGCACGUGAAAACGACAGAACAUCAGUUGGUGAGCAACUUCCUCAAUCUCAAAUGCUGCAGCCGCUGGUUCCCUAGCAGAGUGGACCUGGAGGAACAUCGCCUUUCACUGCUUCAUCUUAGGAGGCAGUAUGAAUUUGAGCAGAGAAAGAAGGCAAAGGAAGAAAAGGAGAAGAAGGAAUGGGAGGAAUCCAAGGUUCCUGAGAAUGCGCCACCUGACUUUGCAGCAUGGAGGCGGUUGAUCCACCAGUUAGACCAGCUGAAGGCGCUGCACAACCAUCCUAGUGAAAUGACCCUGGGCACCAUCCCUGCUUAUGACCCAGCUGCACCAACCGGUUUGAACUUUAUUGGAACAAAGACACAGUUUUACUGCAGAGUGUGCACAGAUCUUAUGGCACCUGCGUCAAGGGUAGUGGAUGCCCAUUGCCGGUCCAUCAACCACUAUAAUACCCUAUUGUCACACCUUGGGAAGAUGGAGGAAAAGAAGGAGCUAGAGAAGAAGAAGCAGAAGGAAGAGGCAAAGAAGGAGAAGGAAGAAUCUGAUAAAAAGCAGAGCAAUGGAGAGGAAGGAGAGGGAGCGGAAGUUAGCUUUGAGGACAUGGACAAUAUGGAAACUGUUGACGAAGCUCUCGACGAUGCUGAGAUGGAUGCCAGUGCUGAUGCUACCUCUGAGACCUUGAGAGACGGUCACGAAGGGCAUGAAGAUGAAUUGGAUAUUGUGCAUGAGACUCGUGAGCUAUCUUCCUUGCUAGAGGAGGUGGGUGAAAUGCUGCAGGAAGAUGAGGUGAAGGGUGACUGUGAGGAUGGGGACAUGACUCAUGACAUGGAAGAUGAGCUCAUGAAGGACUGUGAUGAUGCUGCAUUGAAAUUAGAUGGGAUUGAGGGAACAACAGAUAAAGUGAAUAGUCAGGAAGAACUCAUGGCUGAGGCAGAAAGCGAGACAGCAGUGGAAGGAGAGGCAGCAGAAGAGGAGGAAGCGAAAGGAGAAGAGGCAGACUUGGAGGAUGCUAAGAAGCCGGAAGAAGAGGGGAUCAAGGAAGAGGACGAGACCAAAGAGGCCACGGAUGAUGAUGAGGCCAAAGAGGAGGAAAAGCCCAGGGCAGUCUCCCAGUCCCUCUCUACACCACGGGGCCGAAGGGGACGGGCUAGGGGAAGGGGGCGCUCAGCCAGGGGGGCCAAGAAUUAGGAAAACCCACGUAGGCAGGUGUUUGUGUGUAUAUUCCUUCAUGCGUGUGGCUGUUGAUCAUAUGUCCUUAUAAUGCAUAUCUUUUUCAUAUUUUUUGUGAGAGGGUAAAGUUAGCCCUUGAAUAAAACAGUUUAUUUUUUCUAGUUUGUAAACAAAAAUAUUGAAAACCAUUCUUUUUCAAUUUGUGUGGUGGCCCAUCAGCAAUAUUCUAAGCAAUAUAUGAAAUAUAUAAAACUUAUUUUCUUUUUUUCACCCUUUUUUCAGUUUUUGCAGAAAAUGAGAGUUGAAAGUUUAUCCCAAAUUUUCUAAAAAUGGAACCAAGUUCAUAAAAUUUUUGGACUUUACAUAAGGCUGUUGUCUUAGCUAUUUUAGGGGCAUGUGAAUAAUGUGUGAGAGGAGUUGGAGGCAUUGUUGAUUGCCUUCCUUUGUGUUAAAUUGUUUGUGUAUAUAUGUAUGUAUUUUGUGUAUCUGUCUACAUAUGUAUGAAUGGAGAUGUGCAUGUUUAUACAGGGAUACCUAUAUAUACAUGCACAUGUAAACAUAUACUUGAACUUGUGUAUGUUGGUCAUUUAUAUAUAGUAUACAGAAGUAAUACACAACCAUUUUCCAAUAUUGAAUACCAGUAUCUUGUUAAGUAGUCGAGCCAGUAACCUCAAAGUAAUUUUUAAUAUUUUUUCCCCCCCAGCAAAGAGAUUAGUGCUCAACUUUCCUUUAACAAUUUUAAAUGUGAAAUUUAUUGUGAUUCCGUACUAGAAGGAGGUAUCUUUCUUGGGGGUGAGGUUUUGUAUUGUCUUUGAAUAUCAUAGAAAAUUAUUACUUCCAUAAAAUGGAAAAAUAUUCCAUUCCCGGCAAAUAAGUGUACCAUGUAGUUUGGAGGAAAAUGAUGUCCCCUUCCCGAAAUAAGGAUUUCAGAAAUGUAAAGUAGGUAAUAACUCAAAAGAAUCCUACCAUUUUAUGCUAGUAAAAAUUGUUAGGAACUAAAUUUUUUGGAAAGCUUCUAUAGUGAUAAAAAAUGUGAAUAGUAUCCUGCACAGUGAGAAGAAUUUGACAGGUUUUUUUCCCCAUGAUGAAGUUAGAAAUAGGAUUGCCAGUACAGUUGUCUCAGUGAGCAGUCUUUGAUAGAUUUAUUGUAUCCUCUCCCUCAUUUUAUUUGUGUUCCAUCAGUUAUAUGUUAUAAAAUAUGUAAAUUGAUCCUGAAGUCAGGACUCACAUCGAUGCCAUAGUCGGAACCACUGUUUUGAGGGUAAACUUCUCUUGAUUUCCCACUUUUUUCACUGAACAUUGAUGAUAAUAGUACUUAUAGGAUAUGUAUUUAUCAGUUAUGUUAUUUGUGGAUUACUUUAAUUCCUUUUAUAUGAUCAUGCUGAUUAUAUCAUUUGUCCAAGUGGAUGUUAACAUUGCAUAUUUUAUUUUGAAGUAUACACCUUGUAGCACAAAAGUUUCCCUUCUAAUAAAGGAAUACAAAAAGUG